GGCGAGUCCCGCAGCGGCAGAGGCUUGUGGAGCGCGGCUGGUCGUGGUUGCGGAGCGGUCCAGGCCUGUCGGUCUCAGUCCCCUCGGCGUUCUCCCUGCGCCAGCCUACCUCGCCCCUUGGCGCCAUGACCACUACCACCACCUUCAAGGGUGUGGACCCCAACAGCAGGAACAGCUCCCGGGUUUUGCGGCCUCCAGGUGGCGGCUCCAAUUUUUCAUUAGGCUUCGAUGAGCCAUCAGAACAGCCUGUGAGGAAGAACAAGAUGGCCUCUAGCAUCUUUGGGACACCUGAAGAAAACCCUCCAUCUUGGGCCAAGUCAGCAGGUGCCAAGUCUAGUGGUGGCAGGGAAGAUUCAGAGUCGCCUGGAGCACAGAGAAGUGCCCCCUCCGAAGCAAGCUCGGGAGACUUCUUAGACCUCAAGGGAGAAGGUGAUGUGCAUGAAAAUGUGGACACAGACUUCCAAGCCAGCCUGGGGCAGAUUGAAGAGAAGCCUGUGCCUGCUGCUCCUGUGCCCAGCCCAGUGGCCCCGGCCCCGGCGCCCUCCAGGAGAAACCCUCCUGGCGGCAAAUCCAGCCUGGUCUUGGGUUAGCUUCUUCUGUUGGAACUCUGUCCUUCUGUCUGUCUGUUUUCCAUGCUUGUGAACUGCACACCGUGAGCCUGACUGUACAUCUUUUGGAUUUGUUUCAUUAAAAGAGAAGCACUUUAUGUACUGCUGUCUUUUGUUUUUCCUUCCCUUUCUCUUCCCUCUUCCUUCUGUCUGACUUCUGGGUCUGUGGACCAUGGCAUGAAUGUUUUCUAGUAGUAGACUGGAGUAGACUGUUUUUAAGAACAAAGGAUCUGGCUGCUGAUGUUGUUAGAUGCUUUUGUACCAGGGUUUUGAUGCUGUAAUUUGGCUUAGUGGGUGGGACAGGUGGCAGCCACAGGUUGUCUGUGACGCAGCAUGCUCCUCGGUGUCGUCACCACCAGUGUCCUUUGCAAGUGCGCCUUCCUGUGCAUGUGGAGUGAUAAGCGCGGGCACCUCGCCCUGCUGCCUGCAAAAGGAAGCCAGGGCCACUGUGACUGGCCAGCUGCCGGGCAGAGGCACCCAGGUGCAGAGGAAGGCUCCAGGUGUACCAUCGAGCUGCCGGAACGGCAAGGUGAGGCACACAAGAAGGCAUUCCCACAGGAGCAUCUAAUGGAAUAACAAUGCCACGUGCAUGACACUGGUGCUUGACCAUGAAGAUGUCUCAUCCUUGAAACUUGUACUUCUCAGUCCUGGACUCUUGCCUAAAGUAAACAAUACCCACCUUUUGAA